AUGGUUAUUUGGCAAUAUUGUCUUUUUUUAGCAAAAGAUGAAAUUUCGAAAAAUUCAAGAACCGGGUUAUCUUUUCGUCAAAAUUAUAAGGUGGUGAUGAAGCUUGUAUGGCUGGUUAGUUGGUAUAACGGUUCUCUACAAGUUAGCAAGUCAAUCGAGACAAUGAGUAUCUUUUCACUGAAUAUAAUUCCCACAUGGUUAUGGUGGUUAAUCUUAUUGUAUCUAGUGACACCAUUGUUAGCCUAUUUUAUAGUUCCCUACCUUAUAAAUGGUACUAAAUCUACGAAGAAGAGAAUCAUCAUAUAUGUACUAGGAGAUAUUGGUCAUUCACCAAGAAUAUGUUACCACACAUUGAGCUUUGCUGAUUUGGGAUGGGAAGUGGAAUUAUGUGGCUAUAUAGAGAGCGAGGUUCCCAUUAGUCUCAUAGAUUCUCCUAAUGUUACUAUUCAUGAAAUCCCUGUCUUUGGUAAGGGCAGAGAUAGAUCCAUAAUAUUGAUGGUUCAAAAGGUGCUUUUCCAAGUUGGUGUAAUUAUUAAACAGCUAUGGGAAUUGCGAGGAAGUGAUUAUAUACUUUUACAAAAUCCUCCAAGUAUUCCAAUUCUACCUAUUGCUGUCUGUUAUAAGUUGGUCACACGCUGUAAAUUGAUCAUUGAUUGGCAUAAUUUGGCAUUUUCCAUACUACAACUAAAAUUUCACGGUAAAUUUUAUCACCCACUUGUGUUAAUUUCAUUUACUAUUGAAUUUAUGUUUAGUAAGUUUGCUGAUUACAAUCUUACAGUUACAAAAGCUAUGAAAGAAUAUUUGGUAAGUACGUUCAGAUUGAAGGCUGAUUCGUGCACUGUUCUUUAUGAUAGACCAGCAGCACAAUUUACUCCAUUGAAUGUAACUGAUGAGGAAAGAAUGAAAUUAAUACAUACGGAAAAGUUUAUUAAAGAUUACAUUCCAGAAGAUUUCGAUUUGCUAAAGGGUGACAAGAUUAUUGUGACAUCAACUUCAUUUACACCCGAUGAGGAUAUUGGAAUCUUACUGGGUGCUUUAAAAAUCUAUGAAAAUUCAUAUUUAAAAUUUGAUACGAACUUGCCAAAAAUUUUGUGUUUUAUCACCGGGAAGGGACCUUUAAAGGAGCAUUUUGUUAAACAAGUAGCGGAGGAGAGACAAUGGGAUCGUUGUCAUGUUGAGUUUGUAUGGUUAACCGCAGAAGAUUAUCCAAAAUUAUUACGAUUAUGUGAUUAUGGUGUCUCUUUACAUACUUCAAGCUCAGGUCUCGACUUACCAAUGAAAAUACUGGACAUGUUCGGAUCUGGGUUACCUGUCCUUGCAAUGGAUUAUCCUGUAUUGAAUGAGUUAGUCACCCAUGAAAUUAAUGGGUUGAAGUUUUCAGAUAGAAGGGAACUACACGAAUCGUUAAUAUUUGCCAUGAAAGAUCAAGACCUCUAUAAAAAAUUAAGGAACGGGGCAGAAGAAGAAUCGAGAAGUAGAUGGAACUCAAGUUGGGAAAGAUCUAUGAAGGAAUUGAAAAUUGUACAUUGA